ACCUACUAGAUAGCGUAGCGACAGCCAAAUUAGAGUUUAGCCGUUGCUUCAUCAUUUUUUUCAACAUAUUUGUUGAUAAGUUAUUAAUAAAAACGAUAAUAUAUAUUUGAAUACGAGCAAAAAAUAUGUAAAUAUUUAAUAGUAAAAAUUCUCUAAGUUUUAGUUUUAAAAAGUUCUACUUUUUGCACAACAAUUAUAAAGUGAUGAUUACAAAAACCGUAUAAAGAAUUUAUAACAAUCUUCUGAUGGUAUUAUGUACUGUAAACGCUAAAACACAUUAUAUAUGUGUGUAACAUAGAAGUGUGUCAAAUUUUUCAAAUUAGCACGAAAUUUAUUUAUUACUUGAAAACAAUGCAUUUAUCUCCAAAGAGAAUGCAUAAAUGUACCAUAUGUGAGAAAUCUUAUGUAUUUAAGACUUCCUUAAGGCGGCAUUCUGCAAUUCAUACCAAACCAGUAUCAAGCUGGGAUCAAUGCCCAGUAUGUGGUAAACGUUUUUUGACAAAAUGUCAAUUACAUAGGCAUGAAAAAGUUCAUUCAUUGUUGCGUCCGUAUGAAUGUGACAUAUGCAGAAAAACUUUUAAAGGGAAGCGGAAUCUACAGGUACACAUUGAAAUUCAUUUUUCUCAUGGGAAACCUUAUAAGUGCGAUACAUGUGGUAAAUAUUUUGCGAGAAAAAAUCUCUUAUCUCUUCAUAAAAGAAUUCAUUCAUUAUUGAGUCCGUACGAAUGUGACACAUGCAAAAAAACUUUUAAAACUAAGCAGAAUUUAAGGCAACAUAUUAAAAUACAUUUUCCUCGUGAGAAACCUUAUCAGUGCAAUAUAUGCAAUAAAAGUUUUUUGAAAAAAGACCAAUUAGUUGGUCAUGGAGCAGUUCAUUCAUUGUGGCGUCCGUACGAAUGUGACGUGUGUAAAAAAACUUAUAAAAGUAAGCGAAAUUUAAAGCAACAUGUUGAAGUUCAUUUUUCUUGUGAGUCACCUUAUUUGUGCCCGCUAUGUGAUAAGAAGUUUCCGUUCAAACGCCAUUUUAAUAAUCAUAUAUGGAGACAUAGCAAAAUUCAGUCUUCACGUUAUUUGUGCCACGUAUGUAAUAAAUAUUUCGAGUCACAAUCAAAGUUAAAUCGUCAUAAUAGUAGUCAUUUGCAGUACAUAUGUGACACAUGUGGAAACAUUUAUAAACACAAAUCGAAUUUCGAGAAGCAUAAAAUAUGUCAUGAAAAGAAAUCAAUUAUUGAAACAAGGAAAAAACUGAGGAAAGUAACCAUUCAUGGUUUCACAGUUUUCAUAAAAAGUGAAAAGUCAGAAAAGGCGUGUGUAAAUAAGCAGAAACGUUUCUUUCGAUCUUGAUUGUUACCACUUUUAUCGCGAUGAUGAGUGAACGUCUUUCAGUGAUAUUUCUUACAAUUAGAUGUGUUUCUCGAUUCAUGUCAUAUAUAUAUAUAGUAGCUGUUAUCGCAGUAAUAGAUUGUGUUUACUGACAGAACAUGAGAAAAUAAAAAUAAUAGCGCGCCUGUGUAUAUAUAUAUAUAUAUUU